AUGGCGUUGUGGUACUCACUAGGCAUUGCGUUCUUCGCUGCCAUCGGCACAUUUUUGUUUGGGUUCGACACGGGAAUCGCAACAACAACAAUUGCACAUCAAAGUUGGAUCGAUUAUAUGCACAAUCCUUCCGAUGGCCUUACAGGAGCAGUAGUCUCGGUUUACAUUGCCGGUGAGGCAGUCGGUGCUCUAACACAAACAUUUAUCGGAGAUAAGCUCGGUCGCAUUAGGUUUAUGCAGUUGAUGUGUAUUCUCGUGACCAUUGGCACGGUCAUCCAGACGGCUGCGGUGAAUAUCGGAAUGUUUCUCGCUGGGCGUGUACUAGCCGGGUAUGCAGUCGGAGGAUUGGUCGCUACAGUCCCAAUCUACCUUAGUGAGAUCUCCGAACCCCGCUUCCGAGGCUUAAUCGGUGGUAUUUCAGGCUGUGGAAUCUCCUUCGGAACAAUGGCGUCUAACUGGGUUGGGUUCGCAUGUGGGUAUGCGCCCUACGGACCCGUACAAUGGAGACUUCCACUGAGUAUCCAGAUCCCAUGGGGUAUUGUUAUGUUCAUCGGACUGUCAACCUUCAUGCCCAACUCACCGCGACAGUUGAUUCGGAGUGGAAAGAUUGACCAGGCACGAGGAGAGUUCUCACGGAUUCGACGUGGCGGACAGGUGCAUGAGGUAGAGGAGGAGUUCCUGCUUAUGCAGGCUCAAAUUGAAUAUGAGAUGGAAAGAGAGAUUACUUCUUACCGGGAGAUCUUCAAAGUGUUCCGAUCUCGGGUUAUGGUCUCGAUUGCCGUGCAGACAAUGACGAGCCUGACAGGUGUCAACGUGAUUCAGUACUAUCAGACUAUUUUGUACAAGUCUCUCGGCAUUGGAUCCCACAUGAUCCUCGCUCUUGCUGCAGUGUAUGGCACAACCGCAUUCUUAUCCAACGCUCUCACAACCAAGUACAUGACAGAUCAGUGGGGCCGACGCAAUAUGUUGAUCACAGGUCUUUCGGGAAUAGUCCUGAUCGAGAUAUACGCCGCUGUUAUGCAAAUGGAAUUCCAAAAUACUGACAAUAAAGUCGGUAAGGGGUUCGCUAUUCUGGGGAUUUAUCUUUUUGUUGUCUGUUAUUAUGGUUUCCUCAAUAGUACAACAUGGUUAUAUGGUGCAGAGGUCUUGCCCAUUGCGCUACGUAGCAAGGUGAUGGGUAUCGCAGCUGCAUCCCACUUUAUUGUCAAUGUUGCCCUCACCGAGGCGGGCCCAAGCGCAUUCGCGAACAUCCAGCAAAACUAUUAUUACGUCUUCGUGGCCUGCACCGCUUUUUUCCUAGUCAUAGCAUACUUUUAUUUCCCUGAGACUAAGAUGAAGACCCUGGAGGAAGUUGCGGCCGCUUUCGGAGACAAAGUGGUUGGGGCAGAAGAUGGGCCCAAGCGGACUUCGGUGAUCGGCGGUGCGGACCAUAUAGAGUCCGCACCAGAACAAGUCUGA